AUGCCAAGCGACCACGAGCUCCGCACAGUCGGCGAAUCGCCAAAACGGCCUUGUUCUUUCUGCUGUGAUCUAGACGAAGGGAGACUGAAAAGUUUGCACCAAGACGAUGACUUUGAGUUUCUGUCUUCAUUUUAUGAAAUAGAACUCAAAAAGCUUGUUAAAGGCAGCAAGAAGGGAUGCCAGCUUUGCUACGCCGUCAUAACGGCAGUGAAGCAACUCAUGAAGGUCGAUAUCCCUAUGAAUCGCAUCAAGUGGGAGUACGCUACCGUUUCCAUCAGUUUCGAGGAGGUCAUUCGUUUAUUCACAUGCCUUCCAUAUGCGGAUGUAUCUCAAGGCAUCGGUCCCGAUUGCAUUACCGUUGACAUUGAGCUUUUCGCUACGCCAGAUAAUCCAUCGCCGUGGCCUGCUUUUAAACCAGCGAAUAAAGUAACGGCCAAGCUCCAUUCAAAACGACGGCAAAAAAUCAUUGGAAAUUGGAUCACUACUUGCGCUGCCAACCAUGAAAGCUGCAAUCAGAGGUUUCGUGGUGGCAGCUUUGACGUUCCAGAAGAUGGAAGCGCAGGCCCAUGGAGGCUUCUCAAAAUCUCGAAAAACCCACGAAAUGGAAUAAAGCUGGUUGAUGCAUCCCCGAGCACGGGACCAUAUGUGGCAGUGGUCUCUGCCAGCUCUGCUGUCCUUGAAUACCCAUUGUCCGUAACGUUAUCCCAUAAUCUGAAAGAACGUCAUAACAACAUCCAGUGGUGGCAAAUACCUGUUAGUUUUCAAGAAACGCUUAUAAUUGCGGGAGAGCAAGGCUUGAGUUAUGUCUGGAUACCCGAUUAUUGUGUGGUUCAAGACCAGGAGGAGGAUUUGAACUGGCACCUGGACAGACAUGACACAAUUUUCCGCCGUUCUCACUUCACCAUUGCUCUCACGGGAACCAAUGAUCUUCGACGAAGCAAUUUUGGCCCAAGAAAUGUUUAUUCGUAUAAGCAGGACCUUUCCCCCAAGAGCGUUGCUAUUCAGCUUAGCCAUCAUGGCCGCCGAUACCCAGUCUAUGCGCGCCACUCCAUGUACCGUGCCCACCGGCUGCUCAGGUUCGCUCGCCCUAUGUACAGAAUUCUUGAGCGAUCUGAGCUCACUGCAGUUUUCCGUCAAGGCUCUGCGUUCCAGGGCAUGGUGCUGUCUCCCCGAGUCCUUCACCUGCGCAGCUCUGAGAUGGUUUGGGAGUGCCUCGAAGACAAAAAGUGCGAGUGCAUUGACAAACACGAAAAAGACGAACAAAAGGAUAUUUUACCGAGUUACUGGAAAAUUCUUCCAACAAUUGCCUCUAGCUCCCACUUACGGCUUGCGCAGAUCUUACAACCAUAUAUGCACCUGCCCAUGCCAAACCCCGAGCAAAGGCUAGCGAGCAUUGGCAGUCUUUUACGGCAAUUCUCUCAGGCCACAUCUGAGCCAGGCUAUACUAAAUUCCAGAAUUAUGCAGGACUUGCAGCAGGAUCUCCCGAAGACUUGGCGAACGAACUUCUGUGGAGCCUCCUUGUUCCAAUAGAACUGCCGAGUUUAAUUCGCGGCGGACCAGAACCCGCGGAAUCUGCCUUGAAUGGAGAAGCGGAGAGAGCAUACCGAUGUCACACUCAUUCCAUCCCUACCUGGUCUUGGGUGUCUAUGGUUCUUAGACAAGACGAGACGAUCUGCAACUCCGAGGGCUUCAUAUGGCCAUUUAAGAGCGGUCCACUUGUGUUGGAGAAGUCUUUUCGAUUCAAGGACUAUAAUUGUAAGCCGGCGCCGGGGAGUCGGGGGGAUGGCUUCCUGGCUAGCGAGUGGCUUCUCCAUGUAUCCGGAAAAGUAGCGAUUGGGAGGGCACAAUCGUCACCGCAAGAAAACAUGAGUUUGGGAUCCUACAAGUGUAAUUCUUACUUCCUAUUCAAGCCCUUGAACUAUCAGGGGCCAGAGGCAUCUCACCUCGCGGCAAAUCUUUUCCCGGACUGCAACCGUUGGACCCAUGCACUUGAGGAGGAAGCACACGUCCAUCUACUCUUGCUGGGAGGAAUGGAAGUUCAGGCUGAGGGACGUGAAGAGUACCCACCGCCGGACGCUGACUUCUCAUCAAAAUGGUUAGAUGUCGGGUUGGUCCUGCGUCAGUCAUCGAGGUCCUACGCGGAAGAGGCAUUUGAACGUGUUGGGACAUUUGCUGUGCCGGCCGACUACAAGUACUUUGAGACAUCUUUGGAAAGAAACUUGGCACUAGUCUAA